CAGACUUAUUUUAAAAUAAACUGUUUUUGUUGUUAGACAAUUCAGUUGUGGUGAUGAGAAAAGUUUCUUUGGACCCCAAGAUGAGGGUGGUAACAUGAAGUGGAUCAGUGCAUGCCAAGCAAUUUUUGUCAACUGUAAGGAAGCGAGAUAUGGAACAAGAACAAACACAGUGGUGUUAGUUGAUGGCAGUGGUCAUGCUACUUAUGUAGAGAGGACCAUGGAGGAGGGUGCUACCGACCCUGAUGAAGCCCAGUGGAGACUGAACACACAUGAGUUUGACAUCAUUCAGGAGACUGAGGACUGUUCAGGUCACAACUCACCUGAGAAUCUUGUAAAUAAUGGGAACAAAAAUGGUGAAAGUAAACAAACACAGGAACAGCCAGCUAAAAAACACUUGAAGAGGAAAUUAAAAAAUGGAACCACUUCACCAGUGGAACCAGCUAAGAAAGCUUUUGUUAAAGAAUGAAAUGCAAUAUAUUUU